CACACCUCCUCCCUCACCUCCUCCCCCACUCUGCCUCGCACAGCAGAGGCGCUCCUCGUCUCCACAGCCCGUCUCCAGAAGCAUGUCCCCAGACAUGCAGCCGCGGUGCGAUGAAGCGGACCGAGAGACACCACCAGCAUGACCGCAUGAAAGCAGUGACCAUGGCGAUUAACCAUGAAGCUGGAGCCUAACAUCCUCAUCGCUUCCCUCUGUCACAAAGAGCCUCUGCGGCGCCGCAUCGAACACACACUCUCCGAGUAUGCCAUCCGAGUGCGAGAGAGCCGGACGGACUGCUUAGCACCUGCUGUGCCAUCUGAGUAGGAGGUGGCAACAAAAGACCAAAUGCCAUGGAUGUAUUCAAUUUCACCUACUGGAAUGCCUCCGAAGGCAAUGACACAGAAGUCGUGGAAGAGAGCGAGAGCGCCUACAAGACUGUGGAGGUGGUGUUCAUCGUGCUGGUGGCCGGCUCCCUCAGCUUGGUCACAGUCAUUGGAAAUAUCCUGGUCAUGCUUUCCAUCAAAGUUAACCGGAACUUACAGACCGUCAACAACUACUUUUUGUUCAGUCUCGCAUGCGCUGACCUAAUUAUCGGACUGUGCUCCAUGAACUUGUACACAGUCUACAUAGUGAUAGGCUACUGGCCCCUGGGGCCCGUGGUGUGCGAUCUGUGGUUGGCCUUGGACUAUGUUGUCAGCAACGCAUCUGUCAUGAAUCUCCUCAUCAUAAGCUUUGACAGAUAUUUCUGUGUCACCAAGCCCCUCAGCUACCCGGUCAAAAGGACCACCAAGAUGGCAGGGAUGAUGAUCGCUGGAGCCUGGGUCCUGUCCUUCAUCCUCUGGGCGCCCGCCAUUCUCUUCUGGCAGUUCAUCGUUGGUGGGAGGACGGUUCCGGAGAGAGAGUGCUACAUCCAGUUCUUCUCGAACGCCGCCGUCACAUUCGGGACCGCCAUUGCCGCCUUUUACCUGCCGGUCAUCAUCAUGAUUCAGCUCUACUGGCAGAUCUCCAGGGCAAGCAAGAGUCGUGUGAAGAAGGAUAACCGCAAGCCGUCAGGAGCCACCGCCGAACCCCUGUCACCUGGCCAGAGGAGGAACAACACGCCAAAACCCAACAACAACAACGUACCAGUGGAGGUGGCGGAGCGUUCCCAGACCCACAAUUCUGACGCUGGGGCCCACGAGCAUGAUGGGAAACUGCAAAAUGGUAAAGGACCCUCCUCAAAUGCCGAGGGAGAAACCGAAGGUGAUGAAGGGGCAAGAGAGAAUUGUGCUCCUGGAGAGGAGAAGGAGAGCUCCAACGACUCCACAUCCGGGAGUGCGGCCGCGUCCAAUCAGAGGGAGGAGGAGGUGGUGCCGUCCACAGCCAACUCCAGCCUCGAGACGAGCCAACCACCCCCACGUCAGCGAGCCAAGGCGGGGGUGUCCAAGCUGACCUGCAUCAAGAUCAAGACCAAAUCACCCAAGAGUGACUGCUACACGCCGUCCAACGCCACCGUCGAGAUCGUGCCGGCCUCCGAGCGGCAGAAUCACGUGGCGCGAAAGAUCGUAAAGAUGACGAAGCAGCCUCCCAAGAAGAAGAAGGCGCCGCCGUCACGGGAGAAAAAAGUGACCCGCACCAUCAUGGCCAUCCUGGUCGCUUUCGUAGCCACCUGGACUCCUUACAAUGUGAUGGUGCUCAUCAACACCUUCUGCUCCAGCUGCAUCCCCAACACAAUGUGGACUAUCGGUUACUGGCUGUGCUACAUCAACAGCACCAUCAACCCGGCCUGCUACGCUCUGUGCAACGCCACGUUCAAAAAGACAUUCAAACACCUUCUCCUCUGCCAAUACAAGAAUAUUAGGUCAGCCAGAUAAACACGGGCCACAUGGGAGGAAGGAGUUGUGCAUGUGUGCGUGAAGGUGGGUGUGUGUGUGUGUGUGUGUGUGUUCAUGCCAUCCAUGUUUAUGUGCGUCUGUGAUAGGGGGGUUUGUGCGCAUGAUGAUGAAGCGUAUCUUUAAAAUUACUUUCCACCAUUUUAUCUUUAGUUCACCACUUUCUCUCUCUCAAUAACCGGUUGUAGCACUCGACACAAAUUCAACUGACGCCAGUUGCGUUGAGACGUGUUGUGCAGAAGCAGCGUAGAUGAAGACGGUUGUGGGAAAAAUAGAAGCAGUAGUAUCCAGAGUUGUCAAUCCACAACAACGAGGGUGUGUAUAGCAGAGAGCACUCGGGAGUGACGCCGAUGAAAGGGAUUUAAAAACAUAAAAAAAGCGGAGGAAGAUCUGUGCCGUACAAAAAACAAGAAAACUUCAACACUGGGAAAAUAGGGCUGACUGAAUUUACAAACCUCAACAGUUUGAACUUCAGUAAAGAUACCUGUAGAUACCUGUACAUAUCAGUGUAUACUCUUAUCUGUGUGUGUGCACAUGUGGGUGUGUGCAGGCUCUGAGCACAGGCGUGCACACACACGUGCGCGCCCGUCUGCCUGCCUUCUUUCUGUGCGUCUGUGAUCGCCAUCACCACCAUGACACCUCCAACCAGCAGCAGGGAGAAUAGUUACGAGGCAGCUCGCGUAGUUUUGCCUCCGACGCGGUCACAUUAAGUCUCGGAAGGCGAAAAAGUUCCCAUCAACACGCAGCAGAUGUAGAAAUGUAUCAGAGCAGCACUUGUCAGCUCUGCACAGCGGUGGGACCAACAGCGAGAGAUGAAUUUGAAUUUAAAGUUUGUGCCAAAUUCCACAUAAAAAACAAAAUCUGUAACUUCUCACGUUCUUCUGCAGACAGAUAAGUAGCAAGUCUUUUGACCAGGUUUUGAAAAAUGUCUGCCUCGACCCAAAAACCAUCGAGGGGAAAGCAAUUUUGUUUGUGCUCACAGAUUUGAAAAUAUGACAUUUUCAGCAGUGUCCUGGUUACAUAACCUCACUGAGCACAUGUAUUGGUACAAACUUCCAAACAGGCUUUUUGAACAGUGGACAGUCAGAAAGUGUUUUUAUUGUGUGUGAUUAUAAAUUAGAAUUUAACAUGCAUGCAGGAUAUUGAUCCACACUUUGCGGUACAGUAUUUAUUCAUAGGGGAAAGAUUAUGCUGCAAAUACCAUCAGAUGAGUCCUUGUUUUUGUCCCAACUUCAACGGAUUAGUCCAACAUUAUGGAACAUACCAUUAUUCACUCUCUUCCCAAGAGUUAGAUGAGAGGAUUGAUACCACACACGACUAUAAUCAUGAAGCUUGGGCCUGGGGGCUGUUAGCUUAGCUUAGCAUAGAGACUGAGGGAAGAAAGAAUUAAACAACAGUCCCCUUAUGAAACCACAUUUAAAUUCACAUGAUCCAGAUUUAGUUUUUGGGAUCUGCACCAAACUACACUCACUCUCAGAUCUCCGUCCCCUAAAUAUGCCUGAUUUUUGUUUCAUAAAGAUCCGUGAAUCAUUCAGAGAAAUCAAGAAAAAUGGUAAAGAGAGGAUUUUUAAAAAGAACACUAUCCUUUCAGGGACGGGGAUGAAAACAUAAACCUCCUUGGCCGAGUUAACAACAGACGGAACUACAUCACAAAAUGUGGAUUGUUCAGUGACACUCUUUCCUCUGCACAGCCUCACUUCAGCUCGUGCGACCGCUGACAGGACAUCUGCUUGUGUCAUUAAGAUAUCUUGCUGUCCAGUGGUUCCUCCCUGCGAGGAGCCGUCAGGGAGCGAAGCAGGGAAACAGGUGGUCGGAGCUCAGAGCUGUGGGAAGGCCUCGUUUUUUAAUUUCUCUUUUUUUGGUGUGUGUGUGUGUGUGGCUUAGUGAGGGAUGUGAUUUGAUCCUGGUGAUUAGUGGAUUGAUGCCACAGUGUGUACUGAUGAAGACUGUGUGUGUGAGAGUGUGUGUGUGUGUGUGUGUGCGUGCGCUCCAAGACUGGAGUUUACUUCUGAUCACAGGUUGGCACCUCGUGAUUUGAUUAAAGGGCUAAUUCUGCGUCUUACCAUGUGUUUGUGAACCAUCUCCUUUCUAUGUUUAAAAAAUGCAUGAGAGUUAAUUCAUUUAAACGUGAUAAACAAUCCAUAUUCUUAGAUUAAAAGUCGUAAAUAGUUUCAUUUAAAAAAAAAAGAAAAAAAAAGAAAUGAGAAAAUAUAAAUUUACUGUGAGACAUGUUCCGUGUGUUCAUGCACGUCAUCCAUCAUUUCACACUAUUAGACGAUUCCCCGUUACGUUAAUGUACGCUCAUCAGCUGGAGUGAUGAAUAUGCAGGAGCUGUGCGUUGUCGCAGCACCUGAUGGGGAGGGGGGGGGGGUGCCUCUCGGAGCUCCUCAAGGCCUCCUCCUCCUCAACGAGAGAUCUGGGACAGAUCCUAUAAUGAAAAGUCACCAUGAGGCUGAUCAGAUUACGGGACGACGUGGAACACCUACAUCUGAGAUUAAACACGGCCCAUUACACGCUCAGCUUGCGUCGUGCACGCUCGGCAUCCCCCACAUGCCCCACUUUGUGCUCGGCUCGGUCCCGAUCCUGUUACCAUCUCAUUCGAGUUCAUGAAAUGCAAAUUUGACAUAUACAUUCAUUAGCUCCUUCUAUAAUUAAUUCUGUGUCUUUGUCCUGCAGUUAUUAUGCUGUAGCACCAUUAUACACUGUGCAGAUCCUGUAUGUGCAGAGUUGUGCAGGAUAAACAUCCAUGCAUUCAAAUUACACAUCUGUAACACACACACACGGCAUUUAAAUGUAUUUGCUUGCAACCUGCAGCUAAAAGCUAAAUCUAGAAGGUCUGGAUGCUAAAUACAGGAGCUCUCACGUGUAGCUGUGCAUCAGUGAGGGAAGAAGGAUUCAAGUCGCAAUAUCACAAUGUUAGAAAAAGUAAAAACAAACUGCAGUGAUUUGAUUUAAAUGCACAUAUGGGAAAUUUUCAAGCAAGUGAAGAAUAAUUCCUCGAUCCGCCCAUUGUUUCGGAUCCACACCAAAACUUAAAGGGUUCUUUUCUGACCCAUACCGGAUCCUACCACCAGGUUUCAUGGUUAUUUGUUUUGUAGUUUUUGCAAGAUCCUGCUAAUAAACAGACAAACAGAUGAAAAGAUAACUUCUUCUAAUCUGUAGUUUGAUCCGAUUUGACUCCUCCUGCUACUCCAGCAUCAGAUCUUUAUACAAACUUAUCUAAAAUCUGAUUGGUGCUCCGUAGAGUUGACACCCCAGAUUCAAAUGGUGCAAUAAUUGGAUUUUAUAGAGAGAAACAACAAAUUCAUUAAUAUGAAAAUGAGUCGGUCAAACCUCUAAAGUGUAAGUACAAUACUGGUGAACUUCAUUUCCUUCAACCACUGGUGCACGUUCAUGGACGCUCUGUAUUUUAUCAGUUUCAGCAGGAACUCGGGCGUCCGUCCAAGUUGAGCGUCCGACCAUCCGUCACGGUGAUAAGUGGAGCCGUGUCUGUUUGACAUCUGUCACACGUCUCAGUCGUGGGCAAAGAGCCUCCCAGAAUAUCUGAUUAAUCUCUUUGCUAAGCCGUCGUGUGAGUGAUGCCAGCAGGAGAGUAAGUGGCUCGCAGCUCGAGCGCUGGUCCGGGGGUCCGGGGGUCUGAGCAGCUGCUCGGGUGUUUGAUGGAAGGCGAUGGCACUUUAUCACCUCCAGGAAUGGGAAACAGGCGAGAUGCAUCUUAGAAAAAACACCACAAGUGCUCCCUGUGGUUAUCUGCAUGCCAUUCACUCUGAGCAACAGGAGCAAAGUUCCCGUAAAGCGCUCGCCUCGCCCCUCCCCCCCCGCUCUUCUUGUCGAACAGAUGAGAACAAAACGGCGUUUGUGUAUCAGGUGUUUCUUUUGUGUUGCAAACCGGGGGGGAAGUGGGUGAUAGGAGAGAACGUGGGCUUAUAAUAGAACGAGAGAGCGGUGACAGUGAAAGCUGUCAUGCAUGAGAGGGGAGGACGCCGGCUGAUAGACCCCAAGGUGUCCGUAUGAAACGGAUAAUCUUGGCUUUGUAGUCAUGGUGACGGAGGGAGGGAGGAUGGAGCGGGGGGGGGUUGUGUGCCGGUAACUAAAUCCGAGAGGUUCGGGCCUGCGUGUGGAACCAUGUUUGGAGAAGUCGCAGCCGUUCGGGUGCAGGUCAGCCAAGGGUCCCGCCGCAGGAAUCUGAGCGUCCCAGACGAAAACCUGCCGCCGGGUGUAAACACGGCGCGACACGGCGCUGUUUACCGUCCCUCCAGCUCUUUUAUUGCAUCUCAUUUCACACUGUGCACACCGGUUUCCACAGUUUUAAUACCAUCAUAACACAUUUUUUACAAGCCAAAUGCAUUCCUGUGCACGUGCAGGGGCGUCCAUCCCCCAUUGUUCAUACCACGACUUCAACCUCCAUGGAUCACAAUGUGCCGUCAGAGCUAGUUGGGCUCCUCUUCACACGGCUUAUGUCAAAGGGCUACGCUCCCGUUUUCUACGGAGCACAUAUGACAUAUAAGGUUUAUCAGAGAUUUACUUCAGAAUGAAGGUUUGUCUCCUCGACAGCAGCCUGUCGACGCUGUGAGAGGUUUGUUGGAGAUGGAGAAGUAUGUAGAAAAAUAUAUAUAUCGCCAGAUUGUACAGAGCAAUUUGCAGUGCCUUACCUGGAGUGACGUAAACAAGUUGCUCUUCUAUCCUGAAAUCCCCCUCCCCCGUCCUCUCUCGUGUGUGUGUGUGUGUGUGUGUGUGUGUGUGUGUGUGUGUGUGUGUGUGUGUGUGUGUGUGUGUGUGUGUGUGUGUGUGUGUGUGUGUGUGUGUGUGUGUGUGUG